AUGUCUGAAUAUUUUAGAAAGUAUAUUAAAAAGGAACAUUAUCCAAAUCAUUAUUCAAAUUUAAAAUUUAAAACUUCAUUUAGAAACUGCAUUUUAGAGGCUUUAAAAAGAAGGUAAUGGAAAGAAGUAGAAGGAGAUGAUUGGGAUAUAAUGUGGGCUGAAAAAGAAUGGAUUCAUGAGGUUAUGGAUCACACUCAUUUGCAGCCUAAUCAAAAAAUUAAUCAUUUUAGAAAUCAUUACGAAUUAACGAGAAAAGAUUUGAUGAUCAAGAACUUAAAAAGAUAUAAGAAAAAUUUAGAAAGGGAAGGGAAAGCUGAGGAAGCUAAUAAUUAUAAUUUCUUUCCUUAAACCUUUCAUCUUCCUAGCGAGUAUCCAAUAUUUUGCGAAGAGUUCAAACGACAAUCCUAGAAUGGUGAAUCCAAAACUCCCUGGAUUAUGAAACCUAUUGGUAAAUCUUAGGGCAAAGGAAUAUUUAUUUUCAAUAAAAUACAAUCCAUAUCUCAGUGGAAAAACACACUUCGUUUUAAUUAAGAAGCAUAAUAAGCUGAGGCUUAUAUAGUUUAAAAAUAUAUAGCAGAUCCUCUCUUGAUAGGAGGUAAAAAAUUCGAUAUGAGAAUAUAUUUACUAUGUACAUCUUACUAGCCUUUAACAUUAUAUCUAUAUAGAACUGGCUUCGCUAGAUUUACUCAUCAUCGUUAUGAUAAUGAGGACAUCUCCAACACAUAUGUUCAUUUGACUAAUGUAGCCAUCUAAAAAACAUCUGACAAUUAUGAUGAGAAACUAGGAGGUAAGUGGAACUUACAAACUCUUAAAUUAUUUUUAAUGACUAAAUUUGGAUAGGAGAAAGUUGCUGAAACGUUUUAUAAUAUUUAGAUGUUAAUGAUUAGGUCAUUACAAGCUGUAUAAAAAAUUAUAAUUAAUGAUAAACAUUGUUUUGAACUGUAUGGAUUUGAUAUUUUACUUGAUGCCACACUAAAGCCUUGGCUUUUGGAGGUCAAUGCAAGUCCAUCAAUGACAUCUAAUACUCCUAUUGAUUUUGAAUUGAAAUGUGGACUUUUAGAUGAUGUUUUUACUAUUAUUGACUUGGAAAAGGUAUUGACUGGAAAUGAAGAACAAAUUGGAGGCUUUGAUUUAGUCUGUAGAGGAACCCCUAUUAAAUUACCAAUUAAUAGCACUUUUACCACAUAUUUAGGUUCCUUUAAUAACAGAUAGUAAUAAUUAAAGAAAAUCGCCAAAUCUACAGCCAUUAGAUUAGCAUAAAUAUAUUAGGAAACUCAAACAAAAGCCAUUGAUAAUGGUUAGAAAAGUUAAAAGGAAAAAGAUGAUAAAGAAAAACAGUAGAGAAGUACAUCAAAAGGGCCUUAAACCAUACAAAAUGGAAUUAAUAAUAAAUUAGGAAUGCAACCUAAAUAAAAUUCGAUGAUAAAAAGAAAUGGCACUAAUUUGCCUGCCCUUGGUGCUGUCUAGAAUAAGAACACUGUCAAAAGAUAACCGUUAUAGAAUGCCGUUUAACUUUAACCGACUUAGGUAUAACCUCUGAAUUCUAACAAGAAAAUAAAUCAGAGUGAGGAAUAAAUACUGACGGUGAACUAAAAACUUCAAUAACUUACAUAAGACAAAUAGUUGUCCACUUUCUAACCUUAUAAAUAAUAAUCAUAAUACAACGAUGUUAUGGGAAUGAGCAAUAGGAACAUAUAAAGAGAUGAAGAAUGA